AUGGCGAGGGACGAUUUCUUAACAUCGAAAGAACAUUCCGGACUCGGUGGAUUCGACAAGGGAAGUUGGCGACACCCCAAUGAUCCGUUCGAAAAACAGCCCAGCCCGAGCAGUCAUUUGGAUCAUAACGAGCUUCAGCAGCAGAACAGUGAAACUGACAAUGCGAACGGUGACGAAAAUGACGGUGUUAAUGUCAUUCACUCGGGACAUUUCAUGGUCAGCAACCCUCACAAAGUGAAACAUAAGCACAACAACGUGGGUUAUAAUUUCGACAAUGCUCCAACGGAACCCAGUGCAAGCUACAAGUUUCAGGAGAAUCAAAAUCGUGCGGAUAUUGAUGUAUCUUUUUCUAAACUGUUCGACUGCAUGAGUUUAGCCUACACUGGAGCAAGACUUGUUUCACCAAAAUGGAAGACUUUCAAAGGAAUGAAGCUAAGUUGGAAAGAUAAAAUCAGAUUGAACAAUGCUAUCUGGAGAGAAUGGCAUCAACAAUUUUGUAAGAGGAGGAAGCCAGUGGUCUGUCAUUUUGCCUAUCCCAUUGCAGAGCUUGCACAUUUUGCACCGCAGGCUAUCGUUCUCGAAGGGAAGUAUUGGAAGAGAACUCUGAGCACCGUUGUACGAGAAUACCAGAAAUGGCGCAUCUUCCAUCGGAAGUUAAGGUCAUCAUCCUUGAAAGAUGGGGACAAAGAAGAGGAGAUCCAAAGCCCAGACAGAUCGGUCUUCGAAAGGAUCGUUGGUAUGAGCUCGUCCCCUUCACCUGUCCCUAUGAUCCUGGAUGACGAAGCGUUACUCUCUGAGUUUAACGACACCCUCUUCUCAAGUCUCAGCCAGAAUUCCUUUCAGUUUCCUGUGCCUCGGGAACUGACCCAUGUUGGUAUGAACCCAGACAUCAUUCAGCCAGGCCUCAUACAGCUACAGCCUGCAUUUGAUAGCUACUCCGGUACAUUAGAGACGCUGCAAGAAAUCCCCCUGAGGCAAACCAACGAGCAUGUGGGCCACCUUGCACGAGGGACGUUUGUCUUCUCUGGGAACCCAUUACAAAAUAUUACUCAGCAGCAGCUUCAGUCACUGACAAAUGGCGGUGCGGAUGGAAACCUCCAGGAUCUUACGUUACAACAACAGAUGUUUCCUAACUCGCUGGAGGAUGCAAUUACAUCCCUCAGGCAAGAAGUUAAUCAAGGUCACACCAUCCAGCCACAGCAAGUCAGUCUCCAACAGCAGCAGCAGCAGCAGCACUACAAUGCAGCAACACCAGCAGUCUAUGAACACAGAACAACCACAGCAGGUAGUUACGCUGCAAGUCGGUGUUCCACCAGCCAAUCAACUUCAGGCGUUGGUGUCCAGCGGGCAGCCGGUAAACAACGGUCAAGAUCAGACCAGCAGUAA